GUUGUUUGUCUCUUUUGUCGUUCGUGGUCACUUUUUAUUCCUCAACUUCAGACCACUCCUCCCUCCUCAACCUCUCACCAACACUCAACAGCACGAUCCAUGCCACCAUGGCAUCCUCCGACACGUACUUUCUGGCCCACCCAACCUCCACCUCCUCCUACGCCAUCCCCGCGCCACCUCGCAUCGUGGUGCCCCCACCAGCACUCACCCACGACAACCGGCCCGACAUCCCGCUGACCAGCAUCGUGCCCUCCGCCCUCGAUUCCAUCUUCGACCUUCGCAACCUCCUCCAGUACAACCCCGUGUUCGAAUGGACGUACGAGCGGCGCCGCGACGCACAGCUCAUCCUGCCCUACCUCUACCUAGGCCCGAUGACGGCGGCGAAGGACGAAGAAUGGCUGAAAAGAGAAGGAAUCACCGCCAUCCUCGCCGUGCGGCAGAAGGGUGCGUUUGAGAGCAAACUCAUGAACAGCGCGCUGCGCAAAGCGGAGGCCUUGGGGCUGCAAUUCCAGGCUCUCGACGUCGCAGGCCACGCGGAGCUCAUUCAGCUCUUCCCGCAGACUACGCAGUGGAUCCAUCAGCACGUCACGAGCGUCUACGAGCAGUACCAAGCGAUGGGAAAGGUGCUGGUGUUUUGCGAAAGCGGGAAUGAGCGUUCGGCGGGCGUCGUCGCGGCGUACCUCAUGGAGACGCACGUGGAUGUGGAUUACAUCAAGGCGAUGCAGUUUGUCCAGGCGCAGCGGUUCUGCGUCAACUUUGACGAUGGCAUGAAGAGGUUGCUGCAGGGGUAUUGGGACAUUUUGUGUGCGAGGCGUGCGGUCGCUGCUUCUGCUGCUGCGGCGGAGCAGAAUGGGGAAGGAGGAGAGGAUGUGAUGAGUGGGGUGGUGCAGAAUGGUCAGUCGAGAGGGAAGCGGGCGUUGGAGCAUGAUGGAGAGGGGGAUGAAAUGGUUGAUGGGGACGAUACUGCGGACAUGGCGAGGUUUGACGGAAGGUCUUUUGCACCAUUCGUCGAUCUGGAGUUCUAGAGGUGGAGCUCAAGACACGGCAGGGAGUGACUUUACGACAUGGCAUAGCGGGAAACGGAAAGGGAAGCAUGGCAGGCGCAUGAGGCAUUUGCUUUUAUGAUACCCAAUGCUUCUACACGGCUGGCUGGUGUUGAUUUAGCGAGGCGUUGGAACGGAUUGCUCAUGAAGAGCAGCGGCAAGUCAUUCACUUGCAGCAGUUAGCAGCGUAGCGAAAUGCAUUGUUCUUACGACUAUUCGAGUAGGAAUUCAAGAACUCCUCAUUCCGAUUUGGC